UAUGUAUGUAUGUAUGUGUGUAUAUAUACAUACGUACGUAUGUAUGUGUAUGUGUUUUUUAAAUACACAGUCUUGGAGGAUCAGCAGGUAGACAUGUAUAAUUGCCAUCGGUGAAUCCUCACAUGGAUUAUGCGACAUGUCUAUGUUGAUGUCUUUGAAAGUAGAGUAAAUGCACAUCAGGGGGUCACGAUGGACAUGCUAAAGUAACAAGCAACCAACACAUCCGUAGCUAUGAUCUGGUGAGAACAUGUCUUUUUUUUCAGUUGUCUGAUUGCAGUUUUCUUUCUUCAUUGUCAUGUUGUUGACAGCAGAACAGCCCCAAGAAAAAGUCUUUGCCGCCUGUGAAGUUUUUAGAGGGUGAAGUUAUUUGGGCAAAGUUCAACCGAAGACCAUGGUGGCCGUGUGAGGUGACCGUUGACCCGACACAGGGAAUCUAUCACAAAGUAAAAGAGCCGAGUGACCGUCCCUGUCGGCUCUACCAUGUCAGGACCUUUGGGGAGCCCGUGGAGCUCACCUGGGUGGAGGACAAAGCAACUCACAGUUUCCACGGAGGCUUUGAAUUUGAACAGCUCCCCCUACUUCGCCGAAGGGGGAAGCAAAGGGAGCAGAACUACAAAUACACUAUUGCGAAGCGUUUUCAGGACUCUUGGAAAUCCAGUGUGGCAGAAGCUGAAUCUGUUCUCCAAGAGAGACCCAAAAUAGCUUCCUUUAUUCCUUCGUCUAUAGACGAUGCCUUCCGUGACAGUUCCACACCGAAGAGAAAGAACAUGGCCCAUCCAACCUUUCCUCCCGCCACUUCACCCACCCUUCCUGAGACAUUGCAGAUUACCAAUGGAUCCAUUUCAUCCCCAAUUACAACUCCAGCAAAGACAAGCACUUUAAGGAAAUCUACUGGCAAGAAGAAACCAAGUAAAUCGUCGAAGGACACGAGUAGUAAACACUCUAAAAAGACGUUGCAUAAUAGCCCUGACCAAUCGAAUAGAGACAAUGGAGAGUGCCCAUAUUCUGACCUCGACUCAGUCCCUAAGAUUUUAUGUCCAAAAUCACUUGAACGUCAGUCAAAGCCAGUUCCGACUCCACCAUCUGUCACAGUUGUCAAAGAGGUGAAGAAGCAGCCAGAGAUUCAGAGUGGUCUUUGGUUCAGUAAAUCCGGCAAAGACAGACGACCUAAAACAUCCAGUCCGGUGCCAGACCGCACUCUCUUUAGUAAAGUGCCCUGUAAGAAAAAGAACUCAUCUGUUGUAAGUAAAAAGUCACAGGUUCCUAGUGCGUCCUCCUCCAGUGGUAGGCCCAGUGACCAGUCAGGGUUAUCAGACAAGCAUAAGACUCCGGUACCUGCUGAUACAAAUCUGUCGCCUGAACAUUCAGGACAUUUGAAGUGUAAAACCCCCCCAGUUGUUGAUAGGCCUUUUGGUACAACUGGCAGUCCCGCUGAUCAGUCAGGAUUGUUAGACAAGCAGAGGUCACUUCUUUCUUUUGAGACUAGUGUGACCUCUGACAAGCGUGGAUAUUCAAAGGGUAGACAGACAGUGAGUAAUACAGCCGACAUUGUUACUGGCUCAACGUCAGACCAAUCGGGUGGCUCAGAUGUGAAAAAGACCUUAGAGCCCAGUCCAGUAAGUUUCAUAAACCAAACCAGGUUGAGUGUAAAGAGAGUCAGUCAAACUCAACAUUCUGACUUUAUGGCUAGUAAAGAGGUCCAUUUGAUUGACCGGAUUCCUGACAAAGCUGAAGAAAAAGAAAGUAACAAGAAUGCAGCGUCCACUUUAAAUGUUGACGCUACUGACCCAUUAGCAAGUCUAGACAAACAAACAAGUCUGGUUUCUAAGUGUAGGCUGCCCUUUGUCAAAUUGAUACGCAAGGACAUAAAGGGUAAGAAGUUCCUGAACUCCAGUGUGACCAUUCGUCCCAAUGACCAACCUACAUGUACAAAGAAUGAAAAAAUACCAGAUACUACUGUGACUAAAAUGUCCUCUAAAAAGGCAGAUUGGGUUGACGGCAAGGCAAGUGUCUCCAUAGAUCAGGCCGUCAGUUCAGAUUCCAUAAAGGUCUCAGUUAAGAAGUUAAAAGCAAGUGGUGGGACUGGUAUUCUUCGUCUCUCAUCAGAGUCAUGUCAAGGUAAAACUAUAGUUGCCUCAGAGGUGGCAAACAUGUCUGAUGAGUUGGGUAACCCAGAAACUGUAAAUGUAAGCCCAAGCAAAGGGACUUACUCAUCCUUUAACCAAUCAGAACAGUCAGAAUGUAAGAAGACCCCUGCAUCCAAAGUAACAAGCAAGUCAUCUGAACAGUUAGGCAGCUCAGAUCAAAAAAUGACAUCUACUAGUACAACUUGUAAUACAACUAGUCCACCUUCUCACCUGCAUGGCAAUUUAGUAUGUAGGAAAGCUUCUGUACCCGAAGGCCUGUGUUCUGCAAAAUCCAAGAAAGUUGUCCACAAAUCAAAGCAGGUUCUUGAUGAAGUCAGUAAAGUCCUACUUCAAGAGCAUCCUGCCCACCUCCCAGCCAGCAGUCGUUUGAUGACCAGAGCCCUGAAGGCCAUGCAGGAGGCAGAUCAGAAGAAGCGUGAAAAAGCCCGAAAGGAGGCUGAGCAGAAAGAACUCUUAAAUCCAUACAGAAAAGCUGAGGACCGUGUGUGUAAUUCUGCGCAUAAUUCCAAACUGGACUUUUGCACUAAAAUUAAAUCCCAUAAUACCAAUGGCGAGUGUGAUCAGGACAUAUUUUCUAGCUGUAGCACCCCCCCUUCGAUGUUUUCUGACUCGGUUGACUUUGAUGUUGGUGUUAAGAGCGAAGAUGAAGAUCUCUCAAUAUCCUCAACUCCACCAAUGGACUUCAUACCUCUGACUUCUAGGGUAAAGGCAAAGAAGGAAGAUCAUUCCUCUGGCAUACACUCCUCGUCCUCCCCUUCCUCACCAUUUACUUUUAUUAAUGCCUUUAAAAACUUGGAGGAGGUAUCCUUCCAGUCCCUGGCAAAUGAGGGCGAUGGUAAACCCAUCUCUUUUAAACCAGACACAAAUUACAAGUUCAGCACUUUUCUCAUGAUGUUGAAGGACUUGCAUGACACAAGAGAGAAAGAGGGGACCCCCUUAGAACUGGAAAUUGGGCCACCAAGUGCACAUGUUAAGGAGGAACCCUUAGUGAUGCCUGGAGAGGCGAAACCCGCAGGCCAAGAUCGACAAAUUGAACAUGUUAAUAAAAAUCAGUAUUUAAGUCCAGACCAAAUUGAAAUCAAACACAAUGAGGAGAGCCCAAGUCAGACGUCCAAAAGGCCCUACAACAGAAGGGGCAGCUCCACUGGGGUGAAAAAGAAAGCCAACCGCAAAGUGCCUUGUCGUCCUGCCAGGUCUGGACCUGGUUUCCCUGGACUGGAGUCCCUGCCAGCAAUGGACUCUUCAUCGGGAGUGGAUUGCUCAUCAAGGGUCCAGUCCCUGUUCGGCAUACAGACCAGCAGCUGGAAGAGGCAAGCUGUAGGUGGUAAAGAUGUAGUUGGGGAAGAGAUGGAGGAAGAUAGGUGGGGCAAAGUAAAUGAGAACCUACAGAACAUGCUGCCUUUGGAGCAGAGGGGGUGCGACACUACGCUGUGUCUGGAACAGCCAAAUGGCCUUGCGGCAGACUGCACUGAGACUAACACUAGCUUGAUGCACAACGCUGGAGAAGGCGACAAGGCUCCAAAAGCACAUAAACGAAUUAGAAAACCAAGCAAGAGGCUGAUUGAAUGGACUGAAGAGUAUGAUCAGAUUUUCUCCACCAGGAAGAAAACUAAAAAGCCUCUCCAGUUGAUUGGAAAGGACACGGCCAUGUCCGAACCCCCGGGAUCGGACAGCAGCACACAGGACCCCCCAUCUGUGAACUUGGUUCCUGAAAUACAGACACCACCUCCAGAGGAAAUUGCUGCAACAACGCCCCCUGAACUACAAAUUCCCAGCACUGAAAACACAUCCCCCCAAGAUGCACCGGUGCUUUCCGUAGACACACUAACCCCUCCUCCUGAAUCUGACCUCUCGCUGUCCGAAGGCAUCGUCAAAGGCAACGUGAACGUUCCUGUGCUGGAGAAGAAGCGGAAGAGGAAACCCACUCAGAAGAUCCUGGAGUAUUGCAUGGAGGCAGAGGCCUCAACGGGCCCCAAGAAGAAGGUGAAAACAGUGAAGAACAACUCAAAUCCUGAUCCUCAAUCAGAUUCGGCACCACCAUCUUUAAUAUCAAAGAGUAAGCAGCUUAUAGCCUCCAGCUCCACGGCGACACCCAUCGAAGCUUCCACCUGUACGCCCGCAGAUCCCCCUCCCAGCUCUCCUGCACCCUCCUCUCCGGCGCCGCCCGAACCUGCCCAUGUGGAGACGGCAUCGGAAGACGCUGAUGCUCCUCAAGCAGAAGACAAAAGGGACACAGCGGAGUCAGAGGGUGACCUGUCCAGCUUGGAUCACAGCUUCUCCUCCAUGAAGGACUACUUGUUGCUGUGUGACGAUUCGCUUUUACCCUCCAGGAAGAUCAUAGGAGACAGAGGAGGUCCUGCCUCCAUGAAGGAGAACAUAUGUCAGGUGUGUGAGAAGACGGGGGAGCUGCUGCUCUGCGAGGGUCAGUGCUGUGGAGCCUUCCACCUGCACUGCAUCUCUCUGGCCGAGGCCCCGAAAGGGAAGUUUGUCUGUCCGGAGUGCAAAUCAGGUACGACUGUGUUCACAGGUAUUCUCUGAAAUGCAUUAAAUUAUGAAUUAAAUAAGUAGAUGCCAAGUGUCAAUGGGGCCAAAGGUCUGUGUUAAUCAUUGUGAAAGUACAACAAAGAAAAAUGAUCUUUACUCACUAUAUUUUUCG